AUGGCGGGGGCGUGCGGGAAGAAGGCGAGGCUGGAGGAGAAAGAGGCGGAGGGGGACGGGGAUAGGGACGGGGGGGUCGUGCCCGUGCUGCCGCCCCCCCCCUGCCGCCAGAUCCGCGGGCAGGGCCUGAGCUGCGAGUACCGGCUGCUGUUCGGCCCCGCCGAGGCGGACGGCAUCCUGCGGAGGCUGGAGCGGGAUGUGCGGUACCUGCCCGAUGAACAGAGCAAGCUGCACGUCUUCGGCAAGUGGCACAGCAUUCCCAGGAGGAAGGCGGUGUACGGAGACCCCGAGCUGAAGUACACGUACUCGGGGGUCACCUUUUCUCCCGAGCCCUGGAUCCCGGUUCUGGACCACAUCAGGGAGCGCGUUGCCUCGGUCACGGGGCACAAAUUUAAUUUUGUGCUCAUUAACAGAUACAAAGAUGGUCUGGACCACAUAGGAGAACACCGAGAUGAUGAGAAGGAGCUGGUUCCACGCAGCCCCAUCGCGUCUGUGUCCUUCGGGGCCUGCAGGGACUUCGUUUUCAGGCACUGUGAGUCCCGAGGGAAAAACGCCAAGCGCCGCAUCGAGCCCGUCACGCUGCAGCUAGCCCACGGCAGCCUGCUGCUGAUGAAGUACCCCACCAACGUGUACUGGUACCACAGCCUGCCCAUCCGAAAGAGGGUGCUUAGCCCCAGAAUCAACCUGACGUUUCGGAAAGUGAUGGCUAUAGACAAGUGAGAUACUCAGUGAUCAAGUCUUUAGACUCUGAAAAUGAAGGUUUUCUUCCCCGGUAUGGCUGCCAGUUUCUGCCUCAAAGUCUUUGACAAUCCAAAGCAUUAAACCAGACGAGUAGAUAGUAUUCCUGGUAAUUUACUAAUAAAUACUGCAACUAUUACUCUGCAGUACCAAGAACACUUUGUCAGUACACUGUUGCUGUAGUCCUGCUGACACGUACUUUUAAUGAGUAAUACUCUUGAGGAAGUUUGUUCUCAUCUGAUGCUAAUCUAUGCCCUUGCUCAGAAAGAUUGAAAUAUGCUGUAUCGUUGAGAUAGGGGUGAAAGUUUGUAAGUUCUAUAGAGUGCAAAGCGUAAUCAUUUGGAGUGAGCCUGUAAGCUGACAGGAUUCAUUGGCUGAUACUUUUCUAUGUUCUGUCAAUGAGCUACAGUUUGUUUUUUAAAAUAAAAUACAAAUGGGACCACUGUGAAAGGAGGAUUGCUAAGAUAUGAAUAAAGUGAGUGCAAUAUGUUUUAUAGUCACCACGA